AUGACAGAGAUCGCCUAUAGGUUCACCCCUAAUAUAGACGACUUCAGCUCUAAAGAGGACUCUGACGACCAGGAAGACAGAAUCAAGCAACUCCUGAAAUACCAGGAAAUCGACAUGCUUCAAGACAGGCAAUAA